GGACGGCGUCUGUGCUGCGAGGACACGCUCAGCGCCGGACGUGCGUUCACACUGCAGGGGCAUUAACAUGCAGGCUAAUAAUGCUGUCCGUGCAUGUCGGGACUCUUCGUGUGGAUAUUUCCUGGGGUCGCUCUGACCACGGUCUCGGCUGCAGUGAGUCCACUUCGCAUUUUGAGCGACGCCCCCAAAUUCCGUGCAGAGUGUUUGCAGACCCUCCGGGACGGAGAGGUGGAGGAGGAAUCGGCAGCUCCGCCGUCCAUAUACACUACAAUCACCAGCACGCCAUUAGUUCAUGACUUUAUCACAUAUCUGACAGGAGAGUUUCGACCGCGUUCAGAAGCUCUCCAGGACUCUGAGGCUGCUGCAGAGAAUGGGAAUAGGGACACAGGCCAAGGCUUGCCAUUUUGGCUGAAGUAACAGCAGGACGGUUGUCAAACCCCGCAUCGGCUUCAAUCCCCCUUCUCCCUCACCUCUCCUCCCACACACUGACACACAAGGACGUACACCCCCCCCACCUCCCCCAUCCCCUUCCCCAACACCACCACACACAUACACACACACACACACACACACACACACACACACAGCCAUUGCUAUGUCCACUGCCGUAGACAUCGCUGGCCCUUCCUCCCCAGAUCAGGCCCACAGCAGUGGUAAAAUCCCCAAUGAGCCACUGAGACCCAGCCUUAAGCGCUCCAACCACCCCUACAGCCUCUCCCAUUACAUCUCCACCCCGUCCCCGGCCGUGGACGUCAAAAGCCUGAUCCAGCCCUCCCCUGCCCAGCAGCGGGCGGCCCAGCCUGCGCACACUAAGCCCCGUCGGACCCCAUCCUGGCCCGACAUGUGGGAGUCACCCAGCGGGCUCCACCUGGCCCAUGCCGCAGAGCUUCUGAUGCGCGCCGGGCUGCUGGCUCUGACCCCCACCACCACAGAGCAGGCCGGGUUGGGUGCACAGAGCAGCCAGCCGGCUAAAAGGGAAGCUGCAGAGGCGAAGGGGGGAAAGGGGGACGGGGAGGGAGGCGGAUCUGGGCCUGAGGAGGAGGAAGAGGACUCCUCUGGAUGUGGCACUGACUUCCAACCCUUCCUAGGUGCCUGGUUCCCCUUCAGCCCCGCUCUGUUCCCCCUGGCCGGUUUCCAGAUGGGGGGAGGCCACUGGAGGAGCGCGGCCAUGGGAGCCGAGGGCAUCGAGGGGCUCGUGGCCGAGGGCUACUCUCCUGGCUCUCUGGGCGGGGGCAGCGGAGGGAGGAGGAAGAGGAAGAGGUGCGGGGAGUGCGUACCUUGUCGGCGUCAGACGAACUGCGAACAGUGCAGCAGCUGCCGCAAUCGCAAGAGGGGACACCAGAUCUGUAAAUACAGGAAGUGCGAGGAGCUGAAGAGGAAGCCGGGAGGUCCUGGGUUUGAGAGCAGAGUGCCCGGGUUUGACCUAAGGGGCUCCGACUAUACUUUGGGUCUGGCACAGGAGAGAAGCAACGGCGCCCUGGAUGGAUAAUAACGUAUGUGUUGUGGCGGGCAGCAUUUGUCAGGAGGAUCCCGGUUGGAUGAUUGUUGAGGAGCUGCAGCGAAAAAACAAAAACACAACAAAAUAUGGACACAUGCUCGGACUGAAGGGGGGGGAGGGCGGGGAGGUUCAAAGGUCUUCGGAUCUCGUGUUUUUAGCGGAACGAGCUGCAGCUCCGCUUGAAGAAUGUCCACACUCGUUCCCAUCCUUUCUUUUGACAAUCAAGUGAAUCGGCGGCGGCGGAGGAGGAGGAGGAGGAGGAGGAGAGAAAGAAGGAUACCAAUGUGUGUCAAUAUUUAGAUGACGACAAAAAAAAUGCUGUAAAUCGACUGUAAAUAUCUGGAAAACAUUAUGUCUUUUUUUACAUCCCUUUCCAGUUUGGAUGUAUUGUGUUUCAAACAUAUUAAAAAAAAACAAAAACAAAACAAAAACAAACUACGACAAAAAAAAAAAAAAGGAGCCAAAUGUUUUUUUUGUUUCUAACGGGGGAGUUUUGUUUCUGUUGUUCUGACGUCACUGCAUCAGUAAGAAAUGAAUGAGUUCAGCUUAGGCUAAAUUAUUUCAUGUGCAACUUGUACUGUAUAGCUCUGUUUGCCCUUUUGAAAUAAAAGAAAUUGGCCAUGUG